CAUUGUAAGAUUCGCUUUUCAGACAUUAAUUUGAACUGAAAGAAAUGCACCAAUUUCUUCUAUCAAAUGAGAAAUAGGUGUCACAAUAGCAUUUACUAUCAGUGUAUUGUCAAUCAUUUUUUGCAUACCACAUCACAUACAUGCAUAAAAAUCAUGUUCAUACAGCGGAAAAUAAGUGCUUUUUGAUUUGUUUUAAAGUGGUUCUGUGCAAAAAUAACAUUGAUGUUUUGACAUUCCUUUCCUCUUGUAAACACCAUUGAAUAUCAAGUUGUAUACAUAGGCUGAUCAAACAUUGGCAGUUGAGAAUGAAAAGAAAGGUUAUUAUAGACACUGAUCCCGGCAUAGAUGAUGCAAAAGCAAUUAUAAUGGCAUUAGCUCAACCUGAUUGGGAGGUCAUCGCAAUCACACUUGUAAAUGGGAACUGCAAGAUCAAACACCAAGUGAACAAUAUUGCUAGAUUGUUGCAUGUCUGUGAACGCACUGAGAUACCUGUUUACAAAGGCUCAGAAUGCUCAUUGCUAGGCAAUUAUGAUCUACAAACUGGUCACCAUGGUGUCGAUGGAUUCGGAGAUGUAUUCACAUAUGAUGUUAACAAAAGUAUGAUCAGGGAUGAAAAUGCUUCUAUUGCAAUAGUGGACCUUGUCAAAAAGUAUCAAGGAGAAGUGACCUUGAUAACUAUUGGCCCUCUGACAAACAUUGCCAUGGCAAUACGUCUGGCACCAUCUCUCGGCAGUCAAUUGAAAGACUGCUUCAUAAUGGGUGGUAAUAUUCAUGGACAUGGGAAUGUAAAACCAUGUGCUGAAUUCAACUUUGCAUGUGAUCCAGAGUCAGCGCAUAUUGUGUUAAAUGAACUAAGGCCACCAUCUCCUAUUACUUUGGUGCCUUUGGAGUGCUGUAACGUCUCACAUUUAAAUUGGGAUAUUUAUAAAAGACUUGGAAAGAUUGGGUCCAAGAAAAAUAAUUUCACCCAACAAAUCGAUCGCUACACAGCAAGAGAAAAGAUGGAGGCAGGAGAAAGAAUGAUUGUUUACGAUGAAUGUGCAGUUGCAGCUGCAAUAGAUGGUAACACAAUAGAAGAUUAUUUUGAAGUCUACGUCACAGUUGAAUUGAAUGGGCAGUAUACACGUGGACAAUGUGUCAUUGAUUAUGAAAUGUACCUCAAGAAAUCACCAAAUUGUAAAGUAAUUAAAAAAAUGAGUCAGAAAAAAUUUGAGGAGUUGAUAUUCCAUUCAUUGAAGUAGAAAAACAAUGCAAAGACAAUGUGACUGGAUAACUUAAAUAGAUCAAUUUAACAGUGGAAUAUGUCUCUGGAUAAAACAUCUGCAUCUGUAACAUGUAACACAUCAGGAAUAUUAGCACUCAUCACCCCUCCUAAACUUAUAUCAGAAAAAGUCCAUAUUGUAUGUUUAUCUCAAAAAUGAAAAUAAAAUUAGAUAGACUAUAUAUGCAUGUUGUACUGUAUUUAUCAACAGACCUCUGCCAGAUUACCUCUUCUUGAUGUCUAGGCUCUAUAAAUAUAGGGGCUGGAUCUGGCUCCGGAUCUGUGUAUUUAUCUAUCGAGAGUGUCAUUGUGCAUUUCAUUCAUUGUGCAUUUCAUUCAGCCUCUUGAACUUCAUUCAAUCAGUU